AUUUUGUGAUUUUUUUUUAAUUUAAAUACAUAUGUUUAAUAAUUAUUACGAAUUUUCUGCAUAAUCUUUAUUUAUUGAAUACUAAAUUCUAUCUAUAUGUCUGUAUUUAAAGUCAAACUAGCAGAAGUAUAUACAGAACUUUCAAUCAGAUAGAUUUAUGAUUAAACAAUGGCAUCUAAACGCACAGCAACUAGUGAUUUAAAUCACGAAAAUUGGAAUAAAGAGGAGAAAAAAGAAGACGCGGGAACUUUUGUCAAGGCAUCGGAAGAAGUCCUUGAAAAGAGGGUCAUAAAAACUGCAAAACGAAGAAUUGCAAACACCGGUGAUGGUGAGGCAAAAAGUGCAUUUGGUUCGUUCGCAGGAUUCAAAACAUCAAAUACAACAGCGGCAACACCGUCGCCAUUUAGUUUUUUAGCUAAUAUAAAACCGACAACAAGCACAAAUGUCCCGACAAAUAUUAAUCCAAGUACGACAAAAACUUCCACCACAAGUAAUGGUACUGAAAAUGGACUAGGCGCUACGGCAAAAUUGCCUUUUAAGCAAACUAUCCCAUUAAAAAGUGAUGACAAUAAGGACAAAAAAAUGAGCGUUACAACGGACGAAAAAUCUUCAGAAUAUUAUGCAAAAUUAAAAGGUUUAAAUGAAAGUGUAACACAAUGGAUUAAAAAACAUGUUGAUACUAAUCCAUUUUGUAUUCUUACUCCAAUAUUUUGUGAUUAUGAAAAACAUUUAAAGGCAAUUGAAUUAAAACACGGUCAAGAAACAAAUAAAGAAUCAAAUCCCGAUGAAAUUAUUGUUGUGGAAAAAAAAUCACCAAUAUCAUUGGACAAUAUUCAAGAAACAUCAACAAAUCAGGAGAAGAAAAUUGAAAAUUCCAUAUUUGGCAAUACAAGUGCAACGACAUUGAGCGCUUGGAAACCAGAAAAAUCGAUAUUUGGCAGUACAAGUAAUAAAAAACUUAUUUUCUCAACAGAGCCAAAAGUUGAAAAUAAAUCAUCAUUAUUAUCUGCUAGUCAACCUUCGUCACUUUUUUCAAAACCAUCUACAACUGAAGAAAAAGAAGAGGACAAACCAGCGGAAACGAAACCCACUACAGUUUUUCCAUCAGCCACAUUUAGUUUUGGUCAAAGUUCAUCGACACCGUCAAGCGCUGGAUUCAGUUUUGGAGGGAGCAAACCUUUCACGUUUGGAGCACAAGUUGCAAAACCAGAGGACACAAAUGAAAAAACUGAGGAAAAAGAAGAGGACGAUGAACCACCGAAACCAGAAUUCAAAGCAGCCACUGAGGAAGGAUCAAUUUACGAUCAAAGAUGUAAAGUUUUCGUGAAGAAAGAUGGUAAUUUUGGUGAUCGAGGUGUGGGUACAUUGUUUUUGAAACCAACACCAAAUGAUAAAAUGCAAUUAAUUGUACGUGCUGGCAAUUCAUUGGGAAAUAUCCUGUUGAAUACACUAUUAAAUGAGAGUAUUCCAUUGAAGCGUAUGAAUAAAAACAGCAUAAUGUUGGUAUGCCUUCCAACGCCAGAUUCAAAUCCACCACCAACGCCAGUUUUAUUGAGGGUGAAAACAUCUGAAGACGCAGAUGCUUUAAUGGAAGCACUAGAGAAAAAUAGAAAAUAGAAAUUUUUCUAUUUCAUAUAUAUUGUGAUGUUAAUUCAAGAAUCAUAAAUUAAAUGCAAAUCGAUUGAAAUGAAAAAAAAAAAACGAAAGAAAAAAAAAAUAUCCAUCUUUUUUUCUCAAUCAACAAAAAUUCGACGAAAUUUUUCAUUAUUCAGUAAAUGAGAAUUUUCAUUUUUUUGCAAACUUUUUAUCAAAAAAUUUAAUACUUGUGCCAUUCAUUUUUUAUGAUAAAAGAAAAUUUUAAAUUUGUAGAAUGUAAAAUGAAUGUAUUAGCUAAGUGUUGGAAUUUGUUUUAAUUUUCAAAUAAUUUUUCGUUUUUAAUAAAAUGUAUUUUAUUUGAAAAUUAAUAAAAUCAGUUUCCAAUUACUUGAUAAAGGAGAAUGAAGACAAAAAAAAAAAAAAAAACUCGUAUCGCGAUACAAAGAUAUUUGUAAAACAGAAAAAUAAUUCGUCUUUCGUUAGACUUAAAUACUUCUUCGCAAAUUAAUAAGAAAUAAUUCGAGUUAAAUCUUCUUUAGAAAUAUUGAAUACAUGCAAUUUAUAGGAAACAAUUUGUAUGCAUUGUAUUAACAUUAUAAAGGCAUUUAAUCUUUUAAUUAGAAAUAUUUUUUUAUAAUAAUUAUGAAAAUUGAUAUUAUAAUUAUAAUAAUUAUUUACAACGUAAACAUUUUUUUUCCAUUAAUUUCAAAAAAAAGAUUGUAAAUAUUUAUGUUCAUUUAAAAAAAAGAAAAACUCCUUAUUUUUGUAAAUCUUUUAAAAUUAAUUUUUCGAGAUUGUUUUUUCUUUCUACUAGCUGAGAAAGACAGGAAAAAAAAAAUUUUAGACUUAGGAAAUAUUUUACAUGCAUCGUCAAAUUGAUUCUUGCGUUGUUAUUUAGUACCUGCGUCUUAUUAUUAUUUUUUUUUGUCAUACCUAGGAUAUUAUUCAUUUACAAAAAAAAAAUAGUUGAUUUUUAUGUUCGUGGAAAUUGAUUUUGUUUUUCCACUUUUCAGUUAAUUAAGCAUACGCAAUUUGUAAAUAAGGCAUCUUUAAAUAAAUCUGCAAUUAAAGUAAA